CCAAAACAAACGUCAUGUCAUGGAUCCCAUCCUUGAUGGUCUGAAUCACGCUCAACGCGAGGCGGUUACCUCCUCCGCCCCGAUCCUCCAGGUUCUUGCGCCUCCAGGUUCGGGCAAAACCAAAACGCUCACUGCACGCGUCGCGUACCUGCUUUCUCACCAUGGCUAUCAACCACAAGAUGUCAUAUGCUGCACGUUCACGAUCAAAGCUAGUCGGGAGAUGCGUGAGCGCCUCAGCAAGCUUAUCGGAGAGCAAUUGCAGUCGCGGUUGGUUCUAGGUACUUUCCAUUCCAUUUGUCGGCGGUAUCUGGUCAAGUAUGGAUAUUUGAUUGGGCUGCGCAAAGGGUUCGGGAUUGCAGACUCUGACGAUACUCGAGCUAUCCUUCGGAGAAUUAUCAAGCGCCUAAAUUCCAGCAUGGAUAUCAGAGCGGCUCAAGGACGGAUCUCCAAACACAAGGCCCAUGGCCUCUCUCCGAACGCUCUGGCUGAGCGAGUCAAGGCAGAGGAACUGGAGCUUGUCGACAUAUAUCGCGCAUACGAUGAGGCACUUGCAGCCGCAAAUCUUCUUGACUAUGACGACCUACUGCUGCGUUGUGGCGAUCUGCUCAGAGAGCAUCCAGAGUGUGUUUCGAAUGUGCAAACAGUCCUAGUGGAUGAGUUCCAGGACACCAAUAUCAUCCAAUACGACCUGAUGAAUCUGUUUGCCUCCAAGAAUCGGCGCAUCACCAUCGUCGGUGACCCCGAUCAAAGCAUCUACGGGUUCCGGUCUGCAGAAAUCCAGAACCUCAGGCGGAUGCAAAAGCGAUAUUCAAACACAUCAGUCGUUCUUUUAGAAUCCAACUAUCGUUCUUCAGGGUCAAUUUUAAACUCUGCACAAGAAGUGAUUGAACAAGACACCACGCGACCUCCAAAAAAACUCGAGGCCACCCAUACGUUCGGAACCCUCCCUGUGCUGAGGAAACUCCCCAAUCCCAAUGCAGAAGCACUUUGGAUGGUUCUCGAGAUCAAACGAAGCGUGGCGAUGACCGGUGGUCUGCUACGCAUGUCUGACUUUGCGGUCCUUCUUCGAUCCGCUUCGUUAUCGACCCGUAUCGAGACAGCGUUUGGCCGAGCAGGAAUUCCAUACAAGAUGGUAGGAGGGCGCAAGUUUUUUGAUCGCACAGAGGUUAAGACUCUCCUGAAUUAUCUCCGUGUUGUCUGCCAUACAGAUCAUUCAGACGCCCUGCUUGGUAUCAUCAAUAUUCCCCCGCGGCGAAUCGGUGACGAGACUAUCAAGCAGUUGACCAGUGGUGCAGAGAAGGCUCAAGUCACUCUUUGGGCAUUCAUCAAAGAUGUGAUACAGGGCCGUCGAUCAACCGAGAAAAAAUUGCAGAAAGCGGCGGAGCUCGGGCUCUGCUCACUAGUGAAGUUGAUCGAGGCAUCCAAGCAAAAAUUGCAGGAAUGCCAAGAUGCAUCCGCCCCUUGUGUGCUUCUAGAGUACAUCACCGACAGCCUAUCAUUUCAAGAAUAUCUGCUCAAGACCUACCCGCUGGACGAAGAUGGUCGCUGGGCGAACGUCAAAGAGUUGAUGGGCCAGGCUAACGAUGCUGCAGCCUCCGAGGCCGAGGCCAAUCUCGAAGAAGACUUGCCAGAGAUUGAAGGCGUUGAGCAGCAGCAAUCUCAUCCGGGAGAAGAAGCUCUGUCCCGGUUUCUGGCCAAUGUCGCCUUAGCUACCGAGGCGCAGAAACAAGAUGAGGGCGAGGAAGGCUCCGGGAGUGUCACAAUAUCGACAAUUCACGCUGCCAAAGGUUUGGAAUGGCCCGUUGUCUUCAUCCCCGCUGUUUACAACGGAAGCAUCCCACACUCGCGAGCGGAAGUAGUUGAUGAAGAGAGACGUCUAUUGUACGUUGCAAUGACUCGGGCUCAAGCGCUUCUGUACUUGAGUCUCCCUUUGAAACAGCCUCGAAUAGGCGAAGGAGAAGAUGGGUCUACGACUUUGACGCCGUUCCUUCCGCCCAAGCUGGUCAAGACAAGAUUUCGACCAAAGGGCCCUCAAUUCCACGAGAAGGUCGUCUAUGGCAUCUCUGAUAUUCUGCACCGGCCACGACCGUCUCCUGAGGAUAUGUGUAAAGACCUUGUGUCUCUCCCUUCUUUGUUGGAUGACAAGUGGACUUCUGAGGGUGAGGAAGUACGCGACGAAAACAGUGAAUGGAAUGGCAAGCAGGGUCCAAGUGAUUCGAUUCAAGAGCCAUACCCAAAACGAAGGCGACCCGACAACAAUGGGCCGGCAUCUACCAAUUACAUGACGACGGGCAGUUACAGCAGAGGCAAUUCGUCCAACUUCACGGUUGCUACAACAAUGUCUACAGGAGGCUUUACGUCAGCUCGCAACUACAUCGCGGUGAACCCGGCAACUGAGCAGGACACAAAAAUGCCGCCUACUACAUCCUCACCUACAACUGCAGCUGGGCCAAAAGACAAAGUAAAGACGCCUGGCAACGUCAGCCGGAAAGACGGCCUCAGCCAAGCCAGCAUCUCCAACUUUUUCGGCGGACCAGGUUCCUCUGCCCGGAAGCCAGAGUCCAUCCCGGCCGUCCAUCCGCCAGCUCAGCCGGCUCCAAGAAACCACCUGACUCCCCAGAUGAACUCUCGGCCAAGCGCCAGCUUUGUGCCACCGUCGCUUUCUUCCCACCGGCUCCAGCCACGACCACUUCAUCCAUCACGGCCGGUCCUUGAACCUGCUGAGCCCAGCAAUUACAUGUGGAUGGCAGCCCCGUCCCGGCCUGAGACCAUGAAACCCGCUCGAAUGCUGACAUCGCAACCACCGCAAGGAAAUGACAGCAGGACGGCGGAUUCAGGGACUGGGACUGGGGCAAGCGACGUGAAACAGGAGAGAUCCACCAGUGCGUUCCGGUCCGUGUCGUUUUAUACCACUACGAUGGACAAGGUCCGCCAGCAAGCCCCAGCGGCGACAGGGCGGCGGACGCUGGGCAUUCGACGCAGUAUGAAUGGAUGGGAGGAGCGGAUGAAGCGGGAGAGAAGCGGUGGCAGUGGCGAUCAGAUGCGCUAA